AUGCUGGAUUGGUUACAACCAUGCUUAACUGCAGAUGUUAGUAAUGAUUUAAGUAGCUCUGGUUUUACUGCUGGUUCUACAAACCUCUACCCAGUUGUCCAAGUCAUUCGCGAGGCUGCUAUUGCAAAGAUAGCUGUGUAUGUGGUUGUCGUGACAGCUGUAACUGAUCUUGAUAGUGUUUCGGAUACCUUUGAAACACAUGAGGAACAUCCUUUAGUGAUUGAAGAAGGUCUUUAUGCUGGUACGGGAGAUAAAAAUCUCAAACUUUCACUGAAAAAAGUUCCCAAAUUGGUAGUCGUGUCACCACAGUUUAGGACCCAAGCUGGUAGUCAUGUCAUCACAGUCCGCACUAGUAGUGAUUGCAAAGUUGUUGUGGUUAUAGAGUCACCAACAGAAGCUGCACCAGCCCCCGACUUUCUUCUGGGGGUUAUUUUCAUGGCAACCGCCUCGGCGUCAUUUACUUCUUCAAAAGAGACAACCAACUAUGCUAGGCUGUGCCGCCUCCUGGUUGAUGUUGGAUCUCAGGUGCUCCGGUCCACCUUUGACAAAAUACAUCCACCAGCAACUCUACACAAAGUUUUGGGAAAAACCUCUGUGCACCACGCCACCUUGCAUUCACUGUACAAAGGGAAGAAGAAGGUGUUGAAUCCAACUCAAUGGAGUAAACUGUAUCCUGCUCAUUCACCUGUGUCAUCGGCGACUUUUGACAUCACGCUCCUAACGGUGCUGCUCAGAAAUAUCUGUGGUUUGAGCCCUCCUGCUACUGGUUGGGAUCGUCUUCCCCCAGCUGCAAAUACAAGCAUUGCAGAUGACAUCGCCAGAGUGAAGUAUUACAGGAACACGGUAUACGGCCAUGCCUCUCAAGCCGCUGUGGACGACAUAAGCUUCAGUUCUUAUUGGCAGGAGAUACGACAAGCUUUGGUGAGACUGGGAAAAGCUCAUCUUCGGACAGAUAUAGAUAAUCUUGAGCACGACUGCAUGGAUCCGGAUAUCGAGGAGCACUAUCGUGAACUGAUGAAACAAUGGAAGAAAGACGACGACAACAUCAAGGAAAAGGUUGAAGAAAUGGAAGCGAGCAUUAGAGACUCUAUGGAGAAGAUCAUAGUGCCUCUGAAAACCACUAUAGAAAAAGACCUCAGAGACACAGCGGGGAAGAUAGAGAGUGACAUGAAAGAGAUGCAGGAAAAGCUUGGUUGCUUAUCGGCCUCAGUUGAGAAAAGUGCUAAAGAAGCGAGCAUUAGAGACUCUGUGGAGAAGAUCAUAGUGCCUCUGAAAACCACUAUAGAAAAAGACCUGAGAGACUCAGCUGGGAAGAUAGAAAGUGAAAUGAAAGAGAUGAAAGAAAAGCUUGGUUCCCUAACGGCCUCAGUUGAGAAAAGUGGGGAAAAAGUUAGGUUAUGCAAGCACAGUAUUCUAUCCCUUGCCGUUGUGUCAGGAAAGCGCUUACAAAGAGUCCAGAUUGUAUGCGCGGGUUAUGUACUAGGUCGCUAUGCGAAAGAAGCAGACUGCUUACAACUGGGCUGGCUACCGGUGAUAGAGCGUAGAAGUUAUCAGUUACUGCAGUGCGUAUUGAAAGCACUAUAUUUUGACUAUUGGCCACAGUACUUAAAACUCGAACAACACGUACCAGCAAGAAAUCUACGGUGGUCCUGUGAAGUCAGAUUAAAGGUGCCCAUCGAAACUGGUACUUUUCAAGACAGCUCAGCAGCCAUUUUCAAUGCAUUACCAAGUUAUCUGCGGAACUGUACGGACUUUCGAUCCUUUAAGAGUAAUUUGACAUCAUAUCUUUUUAAUAACGCUGGAAAGAGAUUAGAAACAUGA